AUGUCCGGCGCAGCACGUCGUCGUGGUGCAGGUCGUGCGACUAGAGGUCAGGCGUCCGAGACAUCGUCACGACGUGGUGACCGACUCCAGGUUCCCGGUGGUGGCUUUGACGGUCCGGCCUCAAGAGGUAGUGCUUCGGCUUCCGGUCAAGGCUCGCAUGGUCGUCAAGACUCCAAUGCUCCUCCUGCGGGCUCUGGUCGUGGCUCUCCAAUCACUCCACAGGGUGGAUUUGCAGCUCAGGCUUCUCAAGCUGCCAGUCGACGAAGCAGUCAGUCUGGAGGCCCAGCUCAACAGACCCAACCGGCAGGCCUUGCAGUGCAGCAAGCACCAGUCCGGCCCGGCGACCCCGCUAGAGAUCAGCAGCCCAGAUACAGUGACCAGCUCCGAAACCUGGACUUGCCGGCCUCGUUCUACAACAUUGACCAGUUGUACCAACUCCCCACCCAAUUCAAGAAGCGUCCAGGAUUCAACAACAGUGGCAGUGCCGCUCAAGUCGCCGUCAAUGCCUAUGCUGUCACCCAGUAUCCAACCGUCAAAGUCUAUCAAUACGACGUCAUCAUCGGCACUGGUGCUGAGAAGCGCGUUGUACAGCGUAAGGUCUGGGACUCGAAGGUUCGCAAGGAAGCCACUGGGCCUGCUAUGAUCUACGAUGGCAAUCGUCUGGCUUGGUCGCUUCGUGAUCAUGGCGGCGAACUUCGUAUGAUGGUCGACCUGGACAAGGAAGAAGGUCGUCCUUCACGCGGUGACAAGAAUUCAUUCCGUCUGCACAUCAAGAAGACCCGCGAGAUGGACAUGAGUAUUGUUCAGCAAUACCUCGAUGGCAGAAUUGAGUUUGGCGUUCCGGUUGCUGAGGCGAUCAACUUCAUGGACCACCUCCUACGUGAGGGGCCGUCAUCGUCCAGCCAAUUUCUCUCGGUUCGUCGUUCGAUUUUCAAGCGUCAAGGCGAGCGAAAGGAUCUUGGGGGCGGAAUUGAAGUCUGGCGUGGAAUCUACCAAUCCAUGCGACUCGCCGAGGGCAAGAAGCUCAUCAUCAAUCUCGACGUUGCCAACACCUGCUUCUGGAAACCGACCUCCCUGACCGCUGCCAUCAUCACCAAGAAUAGGGAGAUCAAUGAUGUCUCUGCUAUCAUCAAGAUGAUGACGCCUACCAGAUCCAAUGGUUCCAAGACCGCGAGCUUGACACAAAAGGCCAUCGAAAAGGAUUUCAAGAACAUUGUUGUGACUGCUCAGUAUGCUGGCAAUCCUCUUCCGAACAAAGAAUGGAAGAUCUACCGUUUUGAUGUCAACAAUGCCAACGAGGAGAAGAUCGAGUGGAAGGAUCCAAAGACCAAACAAGGUACUGGAGAAAUGGUUACCAUCGCCCAAUACUUCAAGCGGAAGUACAAUAUGGCCUUACAAUACCCGGGUCUUCCCCUGGUUGAGAUGACGAAGAAAGGCGUCAAAUAUCCUAUGGAGUUUCUGCACAUUUCCAAUGGUCAACGCUUCCCAGCCAAGCUGGAUGAAUUCCAAACUGCAAACAUGAUCAAGUUUGCUGUCUCGCCACCGCAGACGAGACUUGCCGCAAUCAAUGAAGGCAAAUCAUGGCUGAACUGGAGCAACGACCCAUACCUUACGAAAUACGGUCUCCGGAUGAACGGCGAGCCUAUCAAAACCAGUGCCCGUAUCCUGCCAGCACCAAGCAUCAAGUUUGGCAACAACAAGAUCGAGAACCCAGGUACCAGAGGUCGCUGGGACCUGAAAGGGAAGCGUUUUCUCACUGGCAACCCUCAGGAACUGGUCUCAUGGGGUGUUGGACUAUUUCCUGGAAGGAUCAAGCCGGACAAGGCUGCCAUUGACAAGUUCUGCCUCGAUUUUGCUAGAGCAUAUCGCAAUCAUGGUGGCGCUGUCACGAACAGACCGCCAUACAUCAAGAUGCUCUCGAAAGAUGCAGGCAAAGGUGUCGAGGAACUUCACCAGGAGACCGGCAAUCAUUUCCAACGAAAGCCUCAGCUAAUGAUCUUCUUGGUUCAAGACAAGCAAGCCUUCCACUAUCUGCGCAUCAAGAAGUCUUGCGACUGUCGCUUUGGUGUCGUCUCGCAGGUGAUGCAAGUCCAGCAGGUAUUGAAGGGAAAUCCUCAAUACUACUCCAACGUGCUUAUGAAGGUCAAUGCGAAGUUGGGUGGCGCUACUGCACAAGCUAUACCUGCUCCUAGCAGCGGGUUCAAGUCAUUCACAGCCCCAACAAUGAUCAUUGGCGCCGAUGUUUCCCAUGCCUCGCCUGGCAGUCAACAAGCGUCGAUGGCGGCUCUCACUGUCUCGUUCGAUCGCUUUGCAGGACGCUACGCGGCUGCAUGUCAGACCAACGGCCAUCGUGUUGAGAUGAUCUCUGAAGCCAACAUCCGAAAUAUGCUGACCCCGCUCCUCAAGGCCUGGAAAGAACAAGUUGGCGGUGGAAGAGAUCCUGUACAGGUCUACUACAUCCGUGAUGGCGUGUCUGAGGGACAGUUCGCCCAUGUGCUUAAUCAGGAGAUCCCUCACAUCAAAGACGUCCUUAACACUUGUUCCGGGAGAAAGUGGGAGGGAAAGAUCACAGUGGUCGUGGCAUCAAAGCGUCACCAUGUUCGUGCAUUCCCGACCGGAGCUGGUGCGGAUCCCAAGGGCAACCCACUACCGGGCUGUCUUAUCGAGAAAGAUGUGACAAUGCCGAAUGAGUGGGAUUUCUUCCUCUACUCUCACAUUGCACUUCAGGGCACGUCUCGACCAGUCCACUACACUGUCCUCCACGAUGAUGCAAACCACCGCCCCGAGGCUCUGCAGAAUAUGAUCUACGAGCAUUGCUACCAGUAUAUGCGCUCAACCACAUCUGUGUCUCUGCAUCCAGCAGUCUACUAUGCGCAUUUGGCGUCCAACCGUGCAAAAGCUCACGAAGAUACCCCUUCCACUGAAGGUCCUCAAGGUGGUGCAGGGUUCAAGCAGCUCGCCCCAAGUCGCAGCUCGGAACCUUCUGAUUCGGAAGUCAAGCCGUUGUUGCCGCUCUGGAACAGCCACGGCAUUGCCUUUGCGAUGUGGUACAUCUGA